UUGUAAUUAUUACCUGAUACAUGGUUAAUAAAAGUAUUCCAAUUUUAGCUAAAAUGACGAAUCGACCAACGUAUUCUCAAAUAGAAUGUUUGGUGGAAUUCCUGGAGCAAAAUCCAGGCAUAGCCAAAGGCUUGCUUCGGACCACUCAAGCCAAAUUGGAAACGAAGCGAAAAUGGGCAAGCUUGGCAACCUCCUUGAAUUCUAUUGGAGGUGCUAAUAAAGAUGGUCAAGGCUGGGCUAAGGUAUUAAAAAAUCAAUUAGACAUUAGAAUCACUAUUAUCAGGCAGUAAUUAAAUAGCAAGUAAUUUCAUUAACAUUAAUGCAUGUUUUAGUAUUGGGCUGAGAAGUAAUGUGGUUUGAAGAAACAGUGCGCACAACUCUCAUCUUCAAUGAGGCGCACUGGUGGUGAGACAGCAGACAACUUGCCAACAUUGUCUGCUCUAGAUAAAAGGUUGGUGGCAGUGAUGGGUGGACAAGAGUUUGCGACUGGCAACUCAAGCUUGGCAGUCAAUCCAUUUCCUGAAUUGCCGAGAUCUGUUGGUACAGAACCACAGGUUGUUGAAGAAGAGGUAAGCCACCAUGACGUCAUGGAAAUGCAGUUCGAGCAACCGGUGCAUGUUUCCCCUAUACUUGGCACAUCACAUAGUGAAAUAAUACCAGAAACCAUAAUACCUGUGACCAUGCCACUACAGACUACGCCACUGUUGAGUAACAAUCCUCCACGACGGCGACGCCGGUCUUUAACUCAGAGGCAGGAUACAGUGACGAUGGAACGGUUUGCCAUGAUGGAAGAGCGGCGGAUUGAAGCCGAAACGACAACAGCCCAAGCAUUAAUUCAACUGUCACAACAAAUUGACAAUAUUGCAAGGGCUUUAACAUCUAUAGCUACAGCAAUUUCAGACGUAGCCAGAAAAAUGCCAGAACCUUAA